AUGGCGAACUCCUCUUGCCAUAUACAACGAACGAAUGAUACUCGAUCAAAUUCCGAAGCAACUGAAAAUCCGAUGUAUUCCAUUCUUGUCAUUAAUAUCGCCUUCAGCGCUUUUCUUUGUUAUUCAACUACAAUGAUGAAUGUCGUGACGAUUUACGCUUUGAUGAAAACGUCCAUGCUAUCGAAACCUUUGAAAACACUGCUCUUUAGUCUGGCGGUUUCAGACCUCGGUGUUGGUUUUCUAGGUUUUCCAUUCCAGAUCGCUCAUUUGGUGGGCCAGAUAAGAUGCAAGAUUCCAAAUGGUGACACUAACUUCGCAUUUAGAAUCAAUGAUGCUGUUGUGAGCACACUUUUUAUGUGCUCUUUGUCCACCAUCGUGGCGAUAAGUGUUGAUCGAUUCAUCGCCAUUGAGAUGCCCUUGCGAUAUGAUACUAUAAUGACUCACAAGCGAAUU